CCAUGGGAGGGCCGCCCACCAUAGAGGAACUGAAAAGGGAAAAAAUUAUCCCCCACGUUUUUCCGGAUGAAAAUGUGGACUUGACUGUAGACAUGUACAUAAGUUUUAAAUCAGGAAAGGAGGUAAAUCAUGGGAACAUAUUAGAUUUGGCUGGCACCGGAAGUGUCCCUAGGAAUAUAAAAUUUUCAGAAGAACCCCCAGAGGAUUAUUGCUAUAUUUUGUUUAUGAUUGACCCGGACUUCCCCUCCAGAAGAAGACCAGAUGGAAGAGAUUACGUUCACUGGGCUGUGUCUGGGAUUAAAUCCAAGGAGCUAGUAAAAGGGACGGAUAAAAAUUGUAUUACCUUAUUGCCCUAUGUAGGCCCGUCUAUUAAGAAAGGAACCGGCCUCCACAGAAUCUCUUUCAUCCUUUCGUUAGUGAAGGAGGAAAAUAAGGGCAACGUUACCGGGGUGCCUCUCUACCGAGGCGAGCAUUACAUUACCAGAGUUAAAUUUAACAACUGCCAGUCGGCUUACAACGUCAUACAGAUGAAUGAUAUGAAAAUUGUGGGUUUUAACUGGUGCCAGAUAGAGGCGAAGGGUCAAGACAAUUCUGCAGAUAUCCAGCACAGUGGCGGCCGCUCGAGUCUAGAGGGCCCGCGGUUCGAAGGUAAGCCUAUCCCUAACCCUCUCCUCGGUCUCGAUUCUACGCGUACCGGUCAUCAUCACCAUCACCAUUGA